CUCCUCUCCCUACCCAACGCAACUAAAAAGAAAAGGAAAAAACAAACAGCAACUCUGGCGGUUCGACAUCGCCGCGAAAACCAACGAGGAGGUUGCCAGGAUUCGAUUGGUUUGAUUUGCUUCUCCUAUCAUCCGAUCCCGCUGAACUAGUCGAUCUCGGGAAAUCUUACCCAAUUGGUGAUUAUGCGGCCAACAAUAAGUGGGGGACUUUGCACAGGGCAGCACCAUGGAACCUGUAAGAGCACCUUGUCUUCCAGAUCCCCAGAAACUGAAGCUAAUUUGGUUGGAAAUUUGGAGAUAUCGGAGGCCAACAGAAUGAAGCUGAACAGGUGUCAUAGUGCAAAGCUCAUGUUACUAGACCUACCCCUUCCUAUCGUGAUCAAUAUCCUUUCGAGACUGCCCUCUGAAUUAGUCUGUUGCAUUCGGUGCAUGUCUAAGGACUUGUUAAAUAUGGUUGAUGACCUCUCUUUUGUUGCAUUGCACACCCGUUUUCUUAUCGCCACCAAUGCUGUUGCUCAAGUACCUAGACUUAUGUCUUUUGCUGCAUUGUUUCCCUCUGAGCGUGGUGGAGUGAUAGCAGACCUGCGACCAGUCAAAUUUGACGACAGUGCCUUGACAACAAGAGGAAAAUAUGCAAUUAAUGUCUCCACACCACGCCGGUCCGAUUGCCCAACUUACAUGGUAGAUUUUGUUUUCUGCAACUUGAUUUGCUUCAGAAAUAUAAAUAAUCGUGGACAAGGAAUUUGCUUCUUAAUCGAUCUUUGUAGGAGAGAAGUUCUCAGGCUCCCUAAGAAUGAUUUUACCAAAGAUGCAAAGUCUCCAUUAUUCUGUGACUGGUACGGUAUGGGGUUUGAUAGUAUUACCAAUACCCUCAAGAUUCUUCAUGUUGCUAAAUUUGAUGCAGCGGACUGCAUGGUAGCUCAAGUUCUUGUACUAGGCAAAAGCUCAUGGCGACAAAUAUCCUCAGCUCCUCUUUGUUAUUUGUCCGCUAUUUGUAAUUUAUUUUCCCCGAAGAAUGUAUGUGCAUAUGGAGACAUGCAUUGGUUGCGUGGUGAUGCCAUGGUAAAAGAAAGUGAAGCUAUAAUUUCUUUUGACUUCAAGAAAGAAGAGUUUUGUUGGACGCCUCAUCCCAAGCUACGAAGCUCGACGGAGUACUCUCGCUUGUACAUGCACUUGCACUUGCUUACCCUUAAAGGAUCUCUGGCCCUAGUGGAUACUUCAUUAUCAGAAGGUAUGACUACAAAUAUUGAAAUAUGGCUGAUGAAAGAUUAUGAAAAAAAAGAGUGGACGAGAGAUUACAACAUUAGUAUCGAAAUGUUUGAUUUGCGAAAUGAGUUCGAAAUGUUGACAGAUGUUACUUGUGAUGAAUGGGAGCAUGGCAUAUUUUUCAAAAACUUUGAGAAUACGCCUGCAUUCUUUUUAGAUCUAAGAUCUGCUCUCAUGAAUCUAGUAAGAUGUGAGCGUGGGAUCCGUACCAAAAUCUUUAGCUAUACACGGAGCUUUAUAUCCUUAAAAGAUUAUGACAUUUUGGUUGAAGCUGAACAAGGCAUUGAAAGGUGUAAAAGUUAUGUUAAUUUGAUAGAAGAAGAAGCACAAGGAUUUAGCUUAUGUGAGAGGCACGUGCUGCGCGGAGUUUCUUUAAUCCAAGAAGGACUCAUAAUCUGAAAUCUAUCCAUUCACCAAACUGCUCAAUACAAUUAGAGGUCAUAGAGUCGGGUUCCGAACAGCACAUUGCAAGGGAAAUUCUCAGUUCUUUGUUAUUAAUACUAAUGGUCAACUUUGCUUCCCCCCUCUGACAACAUAGGAUUUUCUAGGGAAGGGCAAGAGAGGAUACUGGCCAUCACGUUGUUGGCAUGCGUUUUGACUUGACUCCUGUAAACAACCGUGUGAACUGAUAAAAUUGUUGCGUGCUAGAAGGAAUUUGCUUUCAUUUGAUGAGUUUGGGGCAGCCUUGCAGCUGUGACCAUAUUCGUGACUUGGAACACCCUAUGAUCUAUCAUGUCUGCAACUUAGUCUGAUUAUUUAUCGGUCAAUAUGUUUACAAUUCUUGUUAGCAGGUUUAUCACUUGAAGUGAAAUUAUCAAACUGCCAAUAGUAAGUGGGUCACCGUGAUCUUGUCUUAGGUUGAUUAUCCUAAAGGUGCGGCUAUUGUCACCCUACUAACUACUU